AUGGCGGCAUCGGGGCAGCGGAGGAGAGGUGCGGGUGGGCUGUGUCGGGCGCUCGGCACCAUGCAGUGGGGUUUGCGAGUGGCCGCGCUCGGCUGCCUGUUGCUCGGGCAGUGCCGGGCGGCGAUGGACGAGUGUUACGAGGGACCUGAGCAGCAGCACCAGCAGCAGCACCAGCCCCGGGCACAGCAGCACCAGCCCCGGGCACAGCAGCACCAGCCCCGGGCACAGCAGCACCAGCCCCGGGCACAGCAGCAGCACCAGCCCCGGGCACAGCGCUGUAUGCCCGAGUUCGUCAACGCCGCCUUCAACGUGACGGUGGCGGCCACCAACACUUGCGGUUCGCCGCCCGAAGAGUACUGCGUGCAGACCGGGGUGACCGGGGUGACCAAGUCCUGCCACCUGUGCGACGCCAGCGACCCCCGGGUCCACCACAGCGCCGUGUACCUGACCGACUACAACAACCAGGCCGACACCACCUGGUGGCAAAGCCGGACCAUGCUGUCCGGGGUCCAGUACCCCAACACCAUCAACCUGACUCUGCACUUGGGUAAAUCAUUCGACAUUACGUACGUGAGGCUGAAGUUCCACACCAGUCGCCCGGAGAGCUUUGUUAUUUACAAACGGACUAGUGAGGAUGGCCCUUGGAUACCCUAUCAGUAUUACAGUGGAUCGUGCGAGAAAACCUACCAGAAGCUUAACCGAGGCUUUAUCCGCACGGGGGAGAAUGAGCAGCAGGCGCUGUGCACAGACGAAUUCAGUGACAUCUCGCCCCUCACCGGAGGAAACGUUGCUUUCUCUACCCUGGAAGGGAGACCCAGUGCUUACAACUUUGAUAACAGCCCUGUGCUGCAGGACUGGGUGACAGCGACCGACAUCCGAGUGACCUUAAAUAGGCUGAACACCUUUGGAGAUGAGGUUUUUAAUGACCCGAAGGUGCUGAAGUCUUACUAUUACGCCAUUUCGGACUUUGCAGUUGGUGGAAGGUGCAAAUGCAACGGCCACAGCAGCGAGUGUUUAAAGGAUGAUUUUGGUAAACUCGUCUGCAACUGCAAGCACAACACCAUGGGAGUGGACUGUGACGCAUGCCAGCCUUUCUACAAUGACCGGCCUUGGCGUAGGGCCACUGCCGACAAUCCAAAUGAAUGUCUGCCCUGCAAUUGUCAUGACAAGUCUUCCCAGUGCUACUUUGACCCAGAGCUAUACCGAGCCACGGGUCACGGUGGCCACUGUCGCAACUGCAUCGACAACACCGAUGGCCCCAACUGCGAGAGGUGCAGAGACGAAUUCUACCGGCAGGGCCCCAACGCUCGCUGCCUGUCCUGCGACUGCAGCCUAGUGGGUUCCCUCAGCACUCAGUGUGAUAACUACGGUCGCUGUAGCUGCAAGCCUGGAGUGAUGGGGGAUAAAUGUGACCGCUGUCAGCCUGGCUACCACUCGCUCACUGAGGCGGGCUGCAGGCCGUGUGCCUGUAACCCAGCUGGCAGUACAGCGGAAUGCAGCCUUGAUACGGGACGCUGUAUCUGCAAGGAUAAUGUUGAAGGAUUCAACUGUGAGAGAUGCAAGCCUGGCUUUUUCAACUUGGAGCCCUCAAAUCCCCAUGGCUGCACAGCCUGUUUCUGCUUUGGACAUUCAUCUGUCUGCAGUAAAGCAGAGGACUACAGCGUGCACAGGAUCACAGCUAGCUUUGAUACAGGUCUUGAUGGAUGGAGGGCCGAGCAGCGGGAUGGGGGUGAGGUUUCACUGCAGUGGUCCCCAAUGAGCCACGACAUCUCCGUGACCUCCAACAAUUACUUACCAGUGUACUAUGUUGCUCCCGGAAACUUUCUGGGCAAUCAGCUGAUGAGCUAUGGACAGAACCUCUCCUUCACUUUCUACAUGGACCGAAGAGAUACACGGUUGUCAGCUGAGGAUCUUAUCCUAGAGGGGGCAGGCUUAAGAGUUACUGUUCCCCUCAUAGCACAGGGAAACCAGUAUCCUACAGAAACUCCGCAGAUCUACACCUUCAGACUCCAUGAAGUGUCGAGCUACCCGUGGAGGCCACUACUUUCCUCGUUUGAAUUUCAGAGGCUUCUCCAUAACCUGACGGGCAUCAAGAUACGAGGCACAUACAGUGAGAAUACUCCUGGCCACCUCGACGAUGUGGCUUUGCUGACCGCUCGGCCUGGGCCCGGGUCCCCCGCUCUGUGGGUGGAAAGGUGCACGUGCCCAACCGCUUACCAGGGACAGUUCUGUGAGCAGUGCGCACCGGGCUACAGGAGAGAGAAUCCUAGCCUUGGCCCUUUCAGUCCCUGUGUGCCCUGCAUGUGCAAUGCACACAGCGAUUCCUGUGAUCCUGAAACUGGAGAAUGUUACUGCAGAGACUACACAGCUGGACCAAACUGCGAGCGGUGUAUGGAUGGCUACUAUGGUGAUUCCACCUAUGGCAGCUCAGUGGACUGUAAGCCAUGCCCAUGUCCAAGUGGGUCAUCCUGUGCAGUGGGACCAAGACUCAAGGAAGUGGUGUGUACAAGCUGCCCUGCGGGUACCACUGGUAAACGGUGUGAGCUGUGUGAUGAUGGGUAUUACGGAGACCCACUGGGGGAAGAGGGACCAGUGAGACCCUGCCGGGUAUGCCAGUGCAGCGACAACAUCGACCCCAAUGCCGUGGGCAAUUGCAAUCGUCAGACAGGAGAGUGUCUGAAGUGCAUCUACAACACCGCUGGCUUCUACUGUGACCGCUGUAAAGAGGACUUUUACGGACACGCGCUGACCCCAAACCCAGCUGAGAAAUGCAAACCUUGCAACUGUUCCCCUUACGGCACGGUGAACCAACAGAGGAGCUGUAACCAGGUGACCGGGCUGUGCGAGUGUUUGCCUCACGUCAUUGACCGGGACUGCAGCCAGUGUGAGCAGGGUUUCUACAAUAUCCUCAGCGGCCAAGGCUGCCAGAGUUGUGACUGUAAUUCCAUCGGUUCCACUGAUGGUCAGUGUGAUAUUCGAAGCGGACAGUGUGAAUGUCAGCCCGGCAUCGUUGGGCAGCGCUGCGAUCGCUGUGAAAGCUACCACUUCGGCUUUGGCCUGGACGGAUGUAAACCCUGUGACUGUGAUCACGAAGGCUCUCGAACCCCGCAGUGCAAGGAGGAUGGAAGGUGCGACUGCAAGGAAGGGUUCGUGGGCACGCAUUGCGACCAGUGUGAGGAGAACUAUUUCUACAAUCGCACAAGGCCUGGGUGUCAGGAAUGCCCAACCUGUUACCGGCUGGUGAAAGAUAAGGUGAACGAGCAGAGGCAGAAGCUUAAAGACUUAGAAGAUUUAAUUGCAAACCUUGGUACAAGCCAGGACACAGUGAGCGACAAGGCCUUUGAAGAAAGACUCAAAGAAGCCGAGAAAACUAUUAUGGACUUGCUGAGGGAUGCUCAAAAUAUGCAAGAGGUGGACAACAGCCUGAUGGACCGCCUGGCUGAAAUUAACAACACGCUUUCCAUUCAGUGGGGCCGUCUGCAGAAUAUAAAGGACACUGUAGAUAUCACUGAUGACUUGGCAUCGAGAUCGACCAAUCGGGUACGGGAUGUGGAGCAAAUGAUCUCAAAUUCACGCAGAGAGCUGGAAAAGGGCAAGACACUGCUGGGGAACUUGUCAAUAGCAACACCAGAUUCCAGUGGCGAUCCAAAUAACAUGACACUUCUGGCAGAAGAAGCUCGGAAACUUGCAGAAAUGCACCAGAAGGAGGCGGACAGCAUCGAGCAGACUGCCAAGGAUGCCAACGACACGUCCACAAAAGCCUAUGACUUACUGCAGAAAACGCUGGCGGGCGAAAGCGAAAUUACAAACAACAUUAACGACUUGAAUAGGAAGUAUAACGAAGCUAAGGCCAUGUCCUGGGAGCUGGAAAAGCAAGCCACUAAAGUGCACAGUGACGCACAGGAAGCUGGAAACAAGGCCUUAGAGAUCUACGCCAACCUGACCAGCCUGCCAGCUGUGGACACCAAAGCCCUGGAGAAUAAGGCGGAUAAGAUAAUGAAGGAAGCGAUGGAUCUGGAUGAUGUGAUUGACAACAAACUGAAGAAUUACAAUGAUAUGCGAGAUGACCUGAAAGCCAAGGAGACUGAAGUCAAGAGCCUAUUGGAUAAAGGAAAAACUGAACAGCAGACGGCCGACCAGUUGCUAGCCCGUGCGGAUGCUGCUAAAGCCCUGGCUGAAGAUGCUGCCAAGAAAGGAAAAGCUACGCUGCAAGAGGCCCAGGAUAUUCUCACAAACUUGCAAGAUUUCGACAAGAGAGUGAAUGACAACAAAACAGCAGCCGAGGAGGCAUUGAAAAAGAUUUCCAGCAUUCAGGACACCAUAGAUGCCGCCAGUGCCAAGACGAAGCAGGCAGAGGAUGCCUUGGGAACCGCAAGAAUGGACGCCUCGGCGGCCAAGAAAACAGCUGAGGAAGCAGAACGAAUUGCAACUAAAUUGCAGACGAACGCUGCAAAAACCAAGCAAGACGCGGACGACACCUUUGACAAGGCCAUGAAGUUGGCAAAUGAAGUGAACGACAUGAAGCAGCAAAUGAACGAAGUGGAGGAUGAACUGACGGCCAAGCAGACCGAGGCGGACCAGGACAUGAUGAUGGCGAAUAUGGCUUCACAAGCUGCCCAAGAGGCUGAUGAAAAUGCACGAAAGGCCAAGAAAGCUGUGCAGAACGUACUGAACACAGUCAACAAGCUGCUGGGAGAGCUGGGUCAACUGGAUAAUGUGGAUGUAAGCAAGCUGAAGGAGAUUGAGGAGACUCUCAACAAGGCUAAGGAUCAGAUGAAGAACAGCGAUUUGGAACAGAAGCUGGAAGAUCUAGACAAAGCUGCCAAGGAGCAAGAAAAUGCAAUAAACGCCUAUGGCCAAGACAUUAUUGAUAUCAUCAAGGACAUUGAAAACCUCGAUGACAUCAAAAAAACGUUACCUCCAGGAUGUUACAAUACCCAAUCUCUGGAGACCCCAUAGUUAACCUCUUGUUCACCGUGUCCUAUCCAUUACCUAAAGUGACAAUGUAUGGAGAAUUGUCUUAUUACCAAAAUUUCUCAACGUCAGACAACAUCAUUCAAAGUGUUCCAAGGCUCAUAAAUGAAACUCCUCAGGCAUCAAAUGCAGCUGCUUGGAUGAAGCGUGAGACUGUGGACUUUGGGGUGGGUGAGAGUGACAUACCUACAAUGGCAAGCUUCUGCGAUUUUCCCCCAGAUGAACUGAGUCCAUGUUAAAAGGGACUGCCUGAGAAAGCCACACUCCACGCGCCCGAUUUACUCUGCGCCAUUAGACUUGUUGUGAGAUGUCAGACCUGAAGUUGAUGUACGCACAGAGAGAGAGAAUGAAAAAGCGCUGACGAAUAUGCGGUUUAAUCUGCUGCAACAAAAAGGAGAGGGCCAGCUUCAAUUAGUGUAAUGGUGUUUUAGAGCAAAAAAAAUCAAUAAGCUAUUACUGUAGGUCUGUUCUCUCCUCCUGCUGUACAGAGGCACCGUAUCUCGAUUGCAUUCACAUCACUGAAUAUGAACAUAUCUUUCUAAUGUAUUUCUUCCCUCCCUCUCUUCCCCACCCCAUUACACACAGCAAAUGUUGAGACUUAGCUGUGAAGGAUCAUAGCUUAUCAUUAACCUAAUGCAUUUCUUCCUCACUGCUCAUUAAAAACACACAUCACUGUAGGGUAGCAAUAAGUCACUUUGUAAACGCUGUAUACAGUAUUCAUGACAUAAACCUGAUGAAACACCGUGAAAGCUGGUCUUCUCAUUGGAAAAGCCAAAUUAUUUGUUUAACACUAAUGCUCCCCCCCAUUCCUCUUCCCUGGUCGCUCCAUCCUCACUUACAGCUAUUUGGUAACAGAAGUCAACAUUUUCCAUAGAAUCCAAUCCCAUGGACAACUGUACUUGUCAAUUCCCAAGAUCGCUGCUUCAUCAAUGUCAAUAACUAAAAGCAGAACUGUUUUUAUAUAUACACACACAUACACACACACAGCGACACUCUAUGCAACUUUGUACAUUGCGUAGCAAAAUUUACCUGAUACACUGGUGCUAUUAAUUAUUUCAAAUGUUAUAUUUUUGUGUGAAUGUGUUUUUUUUAUCAUGGAAUAGAGUGAGAAAAUGUCUUUUUGUUUUUCUUUUUUGUCUGUGUAAAUAUACUCAAUGUUUCAGGACUGGCUCUGUGAGUUAACCCUCUCCACCCUCAAUUCCCCCCCCCUCCUCCUCCCCAACACAAACAUACAUACCGUUUCAGCAAUAGUAACCAAAUUUUAAACUGGCUUCCAACUGUUUUGCAUCCUAUUCCUGUAGUAUUGUGUUCUGCUUGCUUGUAUACACAGCCUAGUUAUUGUUUAAUAGACCUGGCUUAAUAUUUUUUCUUGUGGUGUUCGUUCACCAACCCCGCACCCCCGCCUCACUCCGAAAAACUAAUAGUAACGUGUAAAUGUAUUUCAGUAUGUCGAGAUUUGAAUGGCACCCUCCCCCCCCACCGAGUGUUAAUACACCCUCACCCUCUCACCCUCCUCUUUAUACUUAGAUUUUGUUGUUUUUCUUAAAUAAAAAAUAUUUACAGAAAGGUGCUUCAUACCAUUCACCGUGUUCAGAAGUUUGAUAUAAAAGGCCGGAAAUCAAAAAGGUUUGUCAGGCUGAGCCAUUGAUCCGUCUACUUCAGAGCGAAAGUCAUGGCCUUUUUUUUUGCCCUAUAACCCUGACGGUGAAUUGCCAGCCAGAUUAACUCCUGCAAAAUUAAUUUUGAUGUAAAAUUUAAAUCAGUGUUUGCCUGCGUCUUUUUUUUUGGUCUGUCCGUGCCUUCUGGCCACAACAUAACUCUUUUAACUACUAUACCCUGUUCAAAUAUUAUUGCUAGUUUACUUAAUAAUCGUCUAUAAAUGCACACAGUUAACGCCUGAACCUAUCACCAAAUUGGUUUUUUACUAUAAGUGGGAGGGGGAGGGGGGUGCAAGAUUUAUCUAAUAAGCACUGGGCAGGUCUAAAUGGUUGCACGCUCUUUCCCAAUACUGUACCUGAGACAAAGGAGAUUCAUUUCGAAUCGGAAACUCACCAGUUGUAGCCUCUACCUGUGGCUGUGCUUAGCGGAUGCAGCAGCUUUUUUUUAGUUAACGUUUCCUUUUUUACAGCAGUAACUCUCUUUAGUAUUUAUCAUGCAAGGAAGCGAAUUAACGGGGGAAAAAAUUAUGGCGCUUGAUCGUCCACCAAUCGCACUGAGCUAUUCACGUGUUGAAUGGAGAGACGUGAUGAGCACCUGGUAUUUUUCAACUGUGAGAGCCAGAUCAGUACUGUCUAUUCCUAUGACUUUAUGUUUAGCCUUUAUGCCUUAAAAACGACACCACGCUGUUGGGAAAGACGUGCAACACGUAUACAAUUUUAUGUAUAAAACAGUAUUUCUUAUUUAUAAGUCGCAAUAUUUGUAAUCUUUAUCCAGGUUUUCCUUGUGCGUUGCACAUUCUCGUUUGUAAUGGUGUGACUUGAAACACUGCUUUCCUUAAGAUCUAUCUCGACCCAACGCAGUGGCCAAAACGCCUGGCAGAUUAUUGUUUAAUACCAUUUUGUUUUGCCUGUAAAUCAAAUUGUACCAUUUAAAUAAAUAAAUAAUGUGGUAUUACAGGAA